GUCCCCCACGCUGGCUCGGAUGUUGAUCCAGGAUUACAAUCUUCUGGCGAGGAUACUGGCGGAGUUUCUGAAACAGUGUGCACACUACAAGAACAUGGACAGCAAGUUUGCCUUCCAGAGGAAUCAGAACUACGUUGAAUUCAAACGAGCACAGUACAUGUUAUAUGAUGUCAAGUAUCUGCUCACCUGUAAGCCCGAGAGCUGGCCCGACGGUCUGCCGGAAAACUUUCUCAACGGAUUUGCAGUGCUGCUGGAUUUACUGAGCUGCAUGCAGGGAAUGGACUCUGUGACGCGGCAGGUGGGCCAGCACAUUGAGUAUGAGCCGGAGUGGGAGACGGCCUUCAACCUGCACAUCAAGAUCUCCAUGUUCUUGCCGCUCCUGCUCGAGUGGUGCGCGACGAACAAACAAGUGCUCGUGCAGGCAUACAGGAACGCGCUGCAGAUGCUGUGGUCGAUACAGGGCCGCUUUCAGGUGGUGACACGUGACGUCGACGAGUGGGCGGCGACGUGCAUCAACUAUGACCCGGCGACGCUGCCCGUCUCUAUCCACUUGCCCGUGUCGCGCAUCGUUGCAGGGCUCCACCUGCUGCUGGGUCGCUUCGGGCUGACGUACGACUCACCGGAGUUCACGAUGGAGGAGAAGCCGGCGCCGCGCGAGCUCAUGGAGUACCCGCUGCGCUGCCAGGUGAUGGUCGCGCAGAGCCACGCGGGCAUGUGGCGCCGCAACGGCUACUCACUGCUGCACCAGAUCUACCUGUAUCAUAGUGUGCGCUGCCGGGGCGAGAUGCUCGACAAAGACAUCGUCAUGCUGCAGGUGUCUGCGUCGCUGCUACCCCCCAACAACUUCCUCGUCACGCUGCUCGACCGAUUUCACUUGCUCUACUGGAUCAGGGACGCGUACGACACGCGACAGCUGUCGUCUCAGGAAGAGACGCUGCGGCAGACCGUCGCUCUAGUAGAGGAGUUCCUUCGUCUGCUCAUCAUCGUGCUGAGCGAGCGCUUCGUUCCUGGCAUCGGCAAGGUAACGGCGGCCGACUGCCUGAUGCGCGAGAUCAUCCACCAGCUGUGCAUCGGCCCGAUGGCUCACAGCGAGCUCACCAAAGCGCUGCCCGAAAACAGUAACGAAGAGACUGGAGUAGAAGAUGUUGUGACACAGGUGGCCGACUUCCUGAAGCCGCGUGAGACAGUGCGAGGCACGUACGAGCUGAAGCCAGACUGCUACAAGCACUACAACCCGUUCUUCUACCACUACACGCGCUCCGACCUCUCCAAGUCUGAGGAGACGCAGCGCAAGCGACCGAAGGCUAGCCCGUCCGAGGAAGGCUGCCCGCCGCCGGCCCUCGUAUCGUUCACGGAGGAGUUCAGCCAUCUGGCAGAGCUGCUGGACUGUGAGGUGAUGCUACGCGUGAUGCGCGUCGUGCUGGAGCGUACGGGACUCACCCACUCACGCUCCUACUCCGAACCACAGCUGCAGAUGGUGUUGCAUCUGAUUGGCAUCGCGCUGCACGAGGAGGCGCGGCAGGUGGAGGAGCUGCGCGGCGGCUCGCUGCACUUUGUGCUGCGCGCGACCGACGUCGGCAUCUUCGCGCGCCUCGAGGUCCUCGUCGCCAACGAUCACGCCAAGGCACACAAGGACCUGCUCACGUGGGUGCUGAAGCUUUACAAGAAGGUGAAGAAGCUGAAGUCUCACGCAGUGCCCGAGCUGAUCGUCACCGAGCCGUCGGCGGAGUCAGUAGCGCGCGAGUCGGAGCGCGAGCGAGUCGACCAGCAGCGGCGCAGCGACCUCGCCACCGCACGCCGCAACCGCAUCCUCACGCAGAUGUCGCAGAUGCAGAAGACCUUCAUCUCGGAGAAUCGGCAGCUGUUCGACGAAACGCACACCGAGCUGACGCCGUGCCCGUCGCAGGCCGACAUCAGAAGGGACGCCUCGUCUUCCUCCUCUUCUAAACAACCGUUUACUGAUUUACGUGACAGCGAUCACUCGAUGGAGGAGGAGGAGAACCCGGUAGCGCUGGGAGCGGCGCGCACCGCAGCCGACGACAACGACGUCGGCCAGGAGAUGUGCAUCCUGUGUCAGGAGACGACUGAGAUCAGGCUCGACGGACCAGCGAUGGUGCUCGCCGCCUUCGUGCAGAGGUCGACAGUGAUGUCGAAGUCACGACAGAAGCUUCCGGAAGACGUCGAGGACACGGACGUGCUGUUUGUCUCGUCGGACCUGUUCAGCGGGACGCACACGGCGACGUGCGGCCACAUCAUGCACGCCGACUGCUGGCAGAAGUUCUUUGAGUCGGUGCUGGCGAAGGAGAGGCGGCGGCCGAUCCGCCUGCGACAUCACCUCAGCUUCGACAUCGACAAGAACGAGUUUCUAUGUCCGCUGUGCGAGAAUCUCAGCAACACGGUGCUGCCGCUGCUGCCGUCGCUGCCCUCGCUCGCCGCAUCCAGAAGUCAGCAGGUUGAGCUGCCGCUAGCCGACUGGCUCGACGGGUUGGAGAAGACGGUCACCUCUAGCAAAAGCGUGCGGCAGAAUGCCGAGACUGCCGCCUGCACGUCCGAGGAGGAGCUGACACUGCUGGUGCCGGAGUCGCUGGUGGCAAUCUGCCGGCUGCUGAAGGAGAAUGUCGCUGCCAACUUUCAGCAGCUGUUCAACUACGUCUGUGAUAUCAGCUCGACGCCGAGCGGGGAGCUGUGCGAGAGCGUCGUCGACAUGAUAUACACGUUCUCGCAGUCGGCGUACACGAUCGGAUUGGACGCGUUGCCGCACCGCGAGAACCCGCGCAUGCCUGUCAUGACAUGGAACAGCUGCGCCUUCACCAUCCACGCCAUAGAGUGGUACCUCAGGGAUGAAGGCAAGCCGCUGUUCGGCACGUUCUCGUCGCGUAACCUCGACUGUCUGAACGCGCUCGUGCGCUCGGCGGCCGUCGUCAGCUACGUGUGCAGCGUCGAGGUGCUGAAGAGCCACUGUGUGCACCUGCUCUCCUCGCUCAUCGGCGGAGAGCACAGCGACGAGGCACCCUGCAUCCUCAGCACCGAUCUGUUCUCCUACCUGGUGAGUGCCGUGUUUCUGCUACCGGCUCUCUACGCAGAGAAUGGCAAGCAGAUGUCUAUCAAGCUGGUGCCCUCUGGUGGUGAAAACGAGAGGAACCUUCUGCAGCUGAUAUACAUCGCGCAUGUUGUACAGAUUCUUCUUACAGCAGAAACAAACGAUGAAGAAGAGAUGGAGGUGGAAGAGGUCAUAUCGAAGGAGGACAGGGAGGAGGGGAAGAGCCUUGCACAGUUACUGAGCUUCAUGUAUAAGUGCGCAGGGCUGGAGCGAGAUGUAAAAAUCACGCCGCCGCGUCUGCUGCAGAUGGUGCGGUCGGCGACGCUGCCCUUCCUCAGAUGUGCCGCCAUCUUUUUCCACUUUGUCACAAACGUGCCAGCGCCGCACGACCUGUGCUUGGAGUUUCCUAAUAGUGAGGGUGAGAGCAUCUGCACGUACUUGGCGCUUCCAUCGAGCUUCACGCAACUUGUCGAGGAACCUCUAGUCAACCGACUUGUCUCACGGUGGUGCGAUCAUCCCACCGCGCGGGACAUGAUGUCACACCGCAGCAGACGCCUCCUUGACUACCCACUGGAGAUCAACCAGCUUGUGCAUCUGCCAAGCGACUACAGCGAACUCAUCAACCAAGCCUCCCUCUUUACGUGUCCUAACUCGGACGGAGACGACAGCCGUGCGCCGACGAUGUGUCUUGUCUGCGGUACGAUGCUCUGCUCACAGAGCUACUGCUGUCAGACGGAGCUGGACGGCGUACCCGUCGGCGCGUGCACGGCGCACGCGGCCUGCUGCGGGGCCGGAGUUGGACUGUUUCUGAGGGUGCGGGAGUGCCAGGUGCUGCUGCUCUCGGGGCGGACAAAGGGCAGCUUCUUCCCGCCGCCCUACCUUGACGAUUACGGCGAGACGGACCAGGGCCUGCGGCGCGGCAACCCGCUGCAUCUGAACCCCGAGCGCUACCGCAGGCUGCAGACGAUCUGGCUGGUGCACAGCGUGCCGCAGGAGAUCGCGCACGCGCUCGAGUCCAACUCUAGCCUGCUCUCCAUCGACUGGCAGCACUUGUAGCAGGCCGCGUCACCAGGGUUGCGAGCGGGGGGGGAGGGCCUUCCCCCUCGGACGGAGAGAUUUGCGGCGUGCGCCGGGCAGCAGUGGGGGCGUGGCGCCGUGCUGCCACCUGCCUGCCGUCGUCGUGGAAACUGUCAUGGCAACAGUUGCUACCGCAUGUAUGCUGUCUUCGUGGCAACCGUCACGGUGACAGUUGCUUCUACGUACGUACAAGCCGUCGUUGCGGAGAUCGAUAUGGCGAGCAUGUUGACAGCGAUAUGAAUGAGAGCUAGUCUAUUGUUUUGUCGACACUCGUGCCGGCAGGCGCCGGCUUUUCGACGCGCGUGCAAGGAGCUACAAGUUUCGUCGGAAACAUGAUAUUAAUUGUACGUAACGGCAAGUAUUAACGUAAGGGCAGGAAGCAUUCGAUGCGGCGUGUGAGAGGCAGCAGGAGAGCGGCGUGUCACAUUGUUAGCUUGACUGCGUGUGCGAGCACAGCAUCGCUAUAGGCGGG